AGGCCUGGGGAAUCUCACCAGAUUAGACCAUCUCUGGUGACAGUGGGAGCUUCCGAUGGAUGAGCAACUGAAAUACCAAAUCUGCUUAAUUAGACUGCCUGGCCUCUUUGACUUCCUGUGCCCUGGAAACAAAAAAACCAAAAGCUGGAGAGGCAUCCCCGACAGCUGUGCAUGCAGGGGCUGAACACUGAUCUGCAGACUGGCUGGGGGAUGUAGCCUGUCAGCUGCUGUUAAAACAGACAAAAUGGGCUGGGGCAGCCAGGACUGGCUCUGGUGGCAGGACUGGGACAGGCCAAGGACAUAGGGUCAGGCUAAUCCAAUGUGACAGGCUGAGCCUGCACAGCAAAGCUGGGCAGAGCAUGGCUCCUGAAGGAUGGCUUCCCACUGCAGGCAGAGAGUCCCUGCCAUGGCUGGAGCUCUGAGAGCCCUGCCCUGCCCAGCCCAGGAGGGGAGGAGGCCAGACCCAUCCAUACCCAGAAGAGGCCACAGCCUGGCCUUUCCCUGGCCAUGCCCAAACCCCACUCCCCAUCUGGGUCACCCGCCACAGUCCUCCCCCAUAGACUUGCUUUUUACCACCUCACACCCACUCCAGUCUCUCUGCCAAACCCACAGUGCAGGGCACACAGAUCCUAGCCUCCCUCCAGCUCAAGAUGUGGCAGCCCACCCUGUAUCCCCUUGAAGCUGCAAGUGGGGUACAGUCCCCCAUCCAGUCCUCAGUGUCCUCACCUCUCUCCUGCACUUCACCUUCUGUGGGCCCAGUUCUGGGCAUGUGCAUUGGAAGCGCCCUCACCUCCGGCCAAACAGGAACUCUGCAGUGCACCCUGCUGGGCCUGGGCACCUCUCUAGGCCACCUCAAGCCACCUGAGCUUGCUCCUCCUACCUCCCUCCAGUUUCCCAGCCUGGCCUGGAGCUCAGAACCCCACCCAGGGACUCCCCUGUCUGGGCCUGCCAGCAUCCCUGCACUAAAGUUGCACAACUCUCACCACCGGCUCUGACCCUGUCUCCGACCCUGUCUCCCUCCUGCACUGGUCAGGGCAGGGGGAACAGGCACAGAGCAGCAGCCAGCAAAGGUGUGUGUUCAAAGGACACACACCCCCGCCCCACCAGCCCCUGCACCCCAGGAAUCCUCACAGCCACCUCCCAGGGAAGGAGGCAGGGCAGAGAGACGGCAGGGGAGGGUGCAGUGGGGGAGGCUGAGAACUUCUGGAGCACAGGGGCCUGCAGGUAACCUUGCAGCCAUGGAUAGGAGGAUGCAGGAGAGCCAGGGCUAAGGUCAGGGUGGGUACUGUGAGUUGCCCUGACCGGCCUACCCUGUGUGCUGUCAGGCUCUCAACCAAGGUCUCCGGGAGCCCCUCAGCUCCCUGGAGCUCCCUCUGGCUCAGCUCAUCAGGCCUCCCUUUGAGGCUCAAAGCAGCACUCACUUGUCUGAGGUGAGCGGCAAGAUGGUGUCACUGUCCGUGGAGUAGGUGACGAAGGACAUCCGCUUAUUUGGGCUGAGACGGAAUCAAGUGCUGAUGAAAAGCUGGAGGCACCAGCUCUGAAGCCAGGGUCUGGCAGCGUGAACAACUGGAUUGACCUUUAUAUGUGGGUGGAGGAAACAGUGGCGAGGUUCCAAAGGAAUAGAAUAAAAAACGGUCUUGACCAGCUUCAGAAAAUUGUGCCUGACGGACACACAUUCAUGCAGGCAGGAUUUAGAAAGGCAAUUCGACAGAUCGAAAGUUUCAACUCCGGAAACAAGGUUCCCAGCAUGAUUAUUGCUAUGACCGACGGAGAACUGGUAGCACAUGCAUUUAAGGACACUCUCAGAGAAGCUCAAAAGGCUUGGAAACCGGGAGCCAACGUUUACACCCUGGGUGUGGCUGAUUAUAAGCUGGACCAGCUCACGUCAAAGACCUGUCUUGAAAUGAUGUCAGUGGAGUCUUCCUCUGCGUGUGUAGGGAGAAGAAACCACAGUCCCAACAGAGAAGAGUGUCAACAGGCAGCGUCCCAGCGCCCACCGUGUGCACGUGGUGGCUGCAUGACUGCCCAAGGUGCCACCCACACAGGCCAUGGGCACCCCACAUGGGGCUCGUGAGCACGUCAGGAGCGGGGAGCUAUGGCUGAGGUUGUCCAGUCAUCCCUAAUCCAUCUUUGAGAGUAAAUAAACUGCUCUCCACCUCGCC